AUGAAGUUUGCACCUGUAGUUCUGUUUACGCUUGGCAUGUCGGCUGUUGCAAUGGCAGCACCUGCGAACACAGCAUCUGACUCGAGCUUGACUGAAGCUCAGUCUCGUAUCAUCAACGAAGCUGCAUCAAAGGCCUGGCAUCAUGGUGGCAAUGGCGGUCGACAUGGUGGUCACAAAGGAGGCGAUUGGGAUCAUGGCGAUGACGACGAAUGGGAUCACGGUCAUAAGGGUGGUCACCGUCAUCAUAAACGCGACGAGGAAGCUAACGGUGUAGCCAAAUCCUGGCAUCAUGGUGGACACGGUGGACACGGCGGACACGGCGGACACGGACACGGCGGUCAUGGUGGUCGACAUGGGGGCCACAGAGGUGGCGGCUGGGACCACGGCAAAGGAGGCGGCUGGGAUCACGACAAAGGAGGCGGCUGGGAUCAUGGCGAUGACGAUGGAUGGGAUCAUGGCCAUAAGGGUGGUCACCGUCAUCAUAAACGCGACGAGGAAGCUAACGGUGUAGCCAAAUCCUGGCAUCAUGGUGGACACGGUGGACACGGUGGACACGGCGGACACGGACACGGCGGUCAUGGUGGUCGACAUGGGGGCCACAGAGGUGGCGGCUGGAACCACGGCAAAGGAGGCGGCUGGGAUCACGACAAAGGAGGCGGCUGGGAUCAUGGCGAUGACGAUGGAUGGGAUCAUGGCCAUAAGGGUGGUCACCGCCAUCAUAAACGCGACGAGGAAGCUAACGGUGUAGCCAAAUCCUGGCAUCAUGGUGGACACGGUGGACACGGUGGACACGGCGGACACGGACACGGUGGUCAUGGUGGUCGACAUGGGGGUCACAGAGGUGGCGGCUGGGACCACGGCCACAAGGGUGGCCAUCGUCAUCAUAAGCGCGAAGAAGUAGAUGAAGAAGCUCAUCAUGGAGGCGGUCCACCACAUCACCCAGGACAUGGUGGUCCUCCUCCUCCUCCUCCACCUCAUCACGGCGGUGGUCCACAUCAUGGAGGCGGUCCACCACCACCACCACCACCACCUCCUCCUCCUCCUCCACCACAUCGCCCAGGACAUGGUGGUCCUCCUCCUCAUCACGGCGGUGGUCCUCAUCAUGGAGGCGGUCCACCACCGCCACCUCCUCCUCCUCCUCAUCACGGCGACGGUCCUCAUCACGGCGGCGGUCCUCAUCACGGCGGCGGUCCACCACCACCACCACCACCUCCUCCGCCUCAUCAUAAGCCCCCACCACCGCCGCCUGGAGGUAAUGGCGGAGACCAGGGCCCCCCUUCUGGCGGCCAGAAACCACCACCAAAGGGUUCGGACAAGCCCAAGCCUCCUCCCCCUAAGCCAACUGGUGGCAGUGACAAACCCCAUCCUCCUCCAUCAGCUCGUUCUGCUGCAUCCAAUGGUCAUUGA